AUGGCGCGGCGGGCUCUGCCGUUCGUCGUCCUCGUCGUAGCCGCGGCGGCGGCGCUCGCCGUCGUCCCUGCCACGGCGUCGACGGCCGAGCAGCUCGUCGUCCACGGGCAGCGCGCUACGUCGGGGUGGACGCGGGCUGGGGACCCGUGCCUGCAGGGCACGGUGGAGCAAUGCCUGGCCGCCGACGGGGAGGGAGGCGGCGCGGCGGUGCUGCGGCGGCGGCGGCGGCUGUUCCAGGUGGUGAUGGGCGAGGACGACGUCACCGGCGACUACGGCGGCGGCGCGCCGCAGUACAUCAGCUACGCGGCGCUGAUGAGGAACUCGGUGCCGUGCUCCCUGCCGGGCGCGUCCUACUACAACUGCCGGCCUGGCGCCGACGCCAACCCCUACACCCGCGGCUGCUCCGCCAUCACCCAGUGCCGCGACUAAGCCAGAAGCUCGCCGCCGGAGCACGCCGGCGCGCUUUUCUUUAGCUUCCUCGUCGUUGCCGCGGAGAUUGUGUCUUGUUGCUAUGUACUGUACUUAGCUUCCUCGUCGUCUUAGCUUGAUCUGGUCACCUUCUCUGAUGAUGUCCAUCAGUCCAUGAGAUUGAGAGGGAUUAUUGAUUUAUUAUACUCCAUAUUGAAUUCUACGAUGUGUUAUC